CUCCACCGCGCCGUCCUUGAGAGAGGUCGACCACCGCCAUGGCCGACCAGGCUGCCCCCAUCAAGGUCGCGCGCCCCAGCUUCAAUGCCAAUAUUCGCAGCCGCUCCUAUCUCCAGGAGCACCAGCAGUACCGGCCUCCCCAGCAGGAUGGCCGCCAGGGCAUCGACAGCAUCGUCGAGGGCUUGCGCGACACCUCUGUCGCUUCUCCCAAGCCAAUCCAGCCCUUCAAUGGCGUUCUGUCGCCCCAGUCGCCGCCGACGAUCAUCGACAGUGGGCUCAACCACACGCUCUCGCACUCGAGCUGCCAGCCGCCCUCGGGCACACAGUCCGACCGCCUCAUCGCAACCUUGCUCUACAAGACCAAGGCCCCCCGAGCGGUGAUCACGGAUGUGCCUCAUGGCCGCUCGCCGUCCCCGAAUCCCUCCUCUACCAUUCCCCCGAACCUCGCGCCUGUUCGCACGCUCUCUGACUUCCCCCUGGAGCCGCCUCCCCCCGACCCAGAACCGCUUGACCACCUCUACGGCAGCUACAUCUCCCCCCUCUGCCUCACCUCGUUCCUCCACAUCAUCAGCUCUCUGCCCUCCCGUCACAGCUCCGCGCCUCUCUCUUCCUCCCAUCGCUGUCUUGACGACCCGGAUCAUCCCACCAUCGUUGAGCUCACACUCUCCCCGACCCCCGAUCCAGCCUACCUCACACUUGACGAUCUGCGCAGACACGAGCUCAUCUAUCGCUUCGAGCAGGAAUGGAAUGUCGACGUUAUUUUGCAAGCCGACAGCGUCCUCCGCCGCUAUCCGCGAUUGGUGGUAUUUGAUAUGGACUCGACUCUCAUCGAACAAGAAGUUAUCGAUUUGAUCGCUGCGUCCAUAAACGUCGAAGAACAAGUGUCUGCUAUUACGGCCAGAGCUAUGAAUGGAGAGCUGGAUUUUUCUUCCUCCUUGAGAGAGCGGGCAAGGUUGCUGAAGGGGGUUGAUGCCGAUAUUUUUACACAACUGAGGAGUGUGAUUAAGCCUACGAAAGGGGCGAAGGAAUUGGUUAGAGCACUCAAGAGGCUAGGGUGCAAGACAGCCGUGCUGUCCGGUGGCUUCAUCCCCUUGACUCAAUGGCUUGCUGAUCAACUAGGGCUCGACUAUGCAUAUGCAAACACCCUUGCAUCUGACCCGGCUACUAGUACCCUGACGGGGGAAGUCGUUGGCACUAUCGUCAACGCAGAAAGGAAACGGGAUCUUCUUCUCGAGAUCGCAAAGAAAGAGAAUGUAGACUUGGAACAAGUAGUCGCUGUUGGAGAUGGCGCGAAUGAUUUAUUGAUGAUGAAGGCAGCUGGACUGGGGGUGGCAUUCAAUGCGAAGCCGCUGGUGCAGAUGGAAGCCAAGGCAAGGUUGAACGGGGACAGCUUACUGGACUUGCUGCACCUCUUUGGAUUCACGGCCGAGGAAAUCCAGACCUUGAUUCGAUAGGGCGUAGUGAUAGUGAUAGCAGAUACCUGUUGUUCUAUAGACUUUGAAAGCCAGGUGAUGCGGUUGGCAGCACGGUAUCUAUCCUCCCCGAAUUAGCUUGCCUGAGCGUUCACCAGGCUUUCCUACCUACGUAUUAUGUAGUUGUAAACCCAAGCUGUCAAUACCGAGGCGCAAAUACCUCCAAUGAAAGUGCGU